CAUUGCAUGCAAACAAAUCAUAGUCUGUGAUUUGAUUUGAAUUUCGACUAAUUGAAAUACGUACAGUAUUUCAUAAAUAAUUUAACUGAAAAAUACUUAUAAAUUUCAGUGAACUUCAACAAACCAUGUCAAGGUUAUUGUCAGCAGUGUUUCAGCCAAUUAAGUUCAUCGGGCAAACCUUACAAUCCUAUUCACCUACAGUUACCACCACUAAUUUAGUGAGACCAGAAUUUCCAUUAUUAUCAUGCAUAAGGACUAAAGUACGAUGCUAUUUCCCACGGCCUAACGAAGUUAGAAGAGUCCGUAGACAUGGUUGGAAAACUAGAAUAUCUACUCCAAAUGGGCGAAGAAUAAUCAUGAGAAGACUUUUGAAAGGCAGAUUUGUGUUAACCCAUUAAUUUUAGUUACCUAUGUAGUAAUAUAUUUUAGAUAGGACUAAGUAAUGUAUAAUAAACAAUGUAAAAUAAA